AUGUCGUUUAUAGUAGAUGAAAGUUAUAUACCUCAAAAUCGACAAGAUUUGUACGAUGCUGUUCUUAAUGUAUUAUUUCCAAUCACUUUUGUUGUUUUACUUAAUGUUAGAAAAGAAAUGAAUAUGAAUGAAAAUAAUAAAGAAUUGAAAAACAGCAAAACCGAAAUUGAAAAUUUUGAAACCUACGAAACUUUAGUUGAUGGACAAACAAAAGAAAUGAAUGAAAAUAAAGAACCAACAUUUAAAGAAAUAGCAUUGCCAUUACUGGAUGAUGUGUUAUAUAAUAUCGUUACCUGGAUGAUUCCAUUAGUAGUCUCUUUUGCUUACAAAGACAUUUUAAGCAUGAAAAUAUUUUCUUUAAUAAACAUGUGUUUACACUUAACAUGUACUGUUAUGGCAAUUUUUGCUAAAUUUUUAGCCAUAAAAUAUAAUAUGAAAUUCUUUGGAGAUAGCGUAGAAAAAAAGGGAUUCUGUUGGACGAUUAAAGAUCUAAAAAUAAAUGAUGAUGAUCAUGGUUACG